AUGUUGGUUUCGGACUCGGUUUCAAGUGGAAAUGAUAUUUUAGUUAAAAUUGUCAGUCCUGAAGGGCAGAUGUAUACUGGGUACUUCCCUGAAGACACUCUCAUAGAAGAGGUUAAAAACGGUGCAAUAGAUUACUUCUAUCCAUCAGGAGAAUCUGGUUCUGGACGGUUUAAAAUCGUACGUGUGUGUGAUACAACAACAUUACACGAUUUCCUUACACUAGCCCAAGAGCAGAUAGCCAUGUAUGAAGAAUUGCUAUUAAUUGAACGACGUAUCCCUGAAGCUGGUACACUCUGGGAUCUGGGAGCAGUUCGCGCUCCACAGCCAGCUGCCAUAGCAGCAGCGACAGCAUCACUACCAAUCCCACAAAACGCUAUUCGACAACCAAAUUUACAAUCUUUACUGUCUACAAAUGAACUUUCGUUUGAACUGAGAAAAAUACUGAUAUCUUUGAUAGAAGCCGGUGCACGGUUGGCAGCGGCUGGUAAAAACUAUGAAUUAACUUUAUCUCAGCUAUCUGCCGCGUUAGACGAGCCGCAGAGAACGCAACAAAUUGUCGUACAAGUUAUUACGCCAGAGGAAAUCGCAUCAAGAUUCAACAUACAUAAUAAUAUAGAAGCAAACGAAGAGUCUACAUCAUCUUCUGUUGGUGACGAGCAAUAUAAACGCGCGGAGCAUUUGCAGCGUUUUCUAGAGAAGUUCCGCGCUUGGAGAACUAGGAUAGCGCCUCCACCUAACCCUGAAUCGAUUGCCACUCUCAAAGAUCUUGGGUUUUCGUAUGAGGAUGUUGAUACAGCACUUCGGUCUACUGGAUGUAAUGUACCAGCAGCAGCGUCCUGGCUCAUUGGUGAAAGAGGUUCUAGCGUUUUUGAACUAAUCAAUGGUCUACCAGAAGGAGUUAUCCUGCAAACCUUGCUAAAACAACCGCAAAUACAACGUGGUCUUUUGAAUACUCGAAUGUUAAUUGCAUUCAUAGCAAUGGUUGGACAAACAGGGAGUGCGUCGCUGUGGUUAAACUCACCUCACGGAAGUCCGCUCCUCUCGCAAAUAUCUAGAACAUAUCAUUCGGAGAAAUAUUGCCUCGCCGUUAAUCAGUUUUCGGAAAGACAAAAACAUGCUUCGAGACCCUCUACUUCUGGACAAAGAAAU